AUGUCAACCGCUGUCAACCUUGAAAGUGAGGAAAAAGCUCCCGGGCUGCUGGACACGUUCGUCCGCUGCGUCAGUGCCAAGAGGAGUGAUCGCUCACUCACCCACUCCGGCUCUCUUCCCUCUGAUGUACCACUUACUGUGCCUGUUUCUCUGCCGGCCUGUCUGCCUGCCUGCUUUCUCUCCCGACGACACGCCAACACCGCUCCACACCGCCCUUCCUCCCUCUCCACCACCACCACCACCACCGUCGUCGUCACCCUGGCGUCCGCAAUCCCUCAAUCGGACAAUGACGAUCAGCUUCAUCGGCUGCCGUCUCACGCCAGCUCACUCAGCGUGAGAAAGUCUUCCGACAUCCAUGCCGCUCAGCAUUCCACCUGGCUCAUGGUCCACGCCAUAGAUGGUCGCCCGACGGGCGGCACAGUCGUCGCCGACGCUGGUCAUGCAACUGCGUCAUACUCACAAUCCCCACAGAAUGGCGAGAUCAAUAACAAGGGUCGUCGUUCCAGCGACCUGCAACGACUAUCCUCCGAGCAGCAAGCGCUGUCUGCUGCGACACAAUUACCGGGCGGAUGGCCACAAACCCCGGGCGCAAAUGGCACACACAACAGCACUGUCCGGGAAGGACUAGGAGGAAAGGACGGGAGCAUUUUGACAAUCCCGAAUGGCAGUCACAGCAGCGACCGAACACCUAGCGCAAAGGCUGCUUCAUUGAGUGCUCGGUCGAAGAAGAGUUCUGGCACGAUGAAUGGCUCGGAAAACGGCAUGAGCAAUGAACACAGAUCAUCAGAGGCCAAUAGAGAUGCCAACAGCCGGUCUGCUGUAUCGCCCGACGGUUAUUUUGGCUCAUAUCCGGCCAACACUAAGCCGUCAACUCCCAGAUCUCCGAUGAGCAGACCCGUCGCAUUUCCCACUGUCGACACUACGCCCAACCAAUCCGCACGCACCUCGGCGUAUGGUACGGUCCCGACAACACCGGUCGCCGCUCUGUCGCCGGUCAAGGAGAGCUCGCCAGCUCCGUCAGGACCCGUUGCAGAAGACAUGUUGAAACCACCUCCGCAAAAACCACACCACCACCGAGCCUCAUCACCUCCCGCCUUCACUCCCAAUGGAUCCAGCUCACCUUCUAUUCUGCCCAUGUCGCGGCCUGACCGCUUAGUACACCGGCAUACUCUCGAAGUGCCCAAGGUCAUCACCCGUACGUCCAAGGAUGGACAGGAUCCCACGAGCGAUAGCGCAGUUCAUGCAUCGGGCCGCUUCUCCCCCAACACACCAACAAAACGGAGAGGCUCUCUCCAGCUUGUGCGAAAACAGACGAAGUCUGUGGCUUCAGAUAUGCCGCUUGAUGAGUUCGCCCAGGACGAAGACGCUGCACGCUGGGCAGAGAUCAUCAAAGCCAAGCGCGCCAAAAAACAACGGGAAGACAUCGAUGACGAACGUGUCGUGGUGGGAACCAAGGUCGACGAACAUCAUGUCAAUUAUGUCACCGCGUAUAACAUGCUCACAGGUAUCCGCUUCUGUGUUAGCCGAUGUAAUGCCAAACUGGAUCGAGCCCUCGAGCCGAGCGACUUCGCGGCCAAGCAUAAAUUCAGUUUCGAUAUCGCCGGGAACGAGCUCACGCCCAGCGCCAAAUACGAUUUCAAAUUCAAGGACUACGCUCCUUGGGUAUUUCGACAUAUGCGAGCUGCAUUUCAGAUUGAUCCUGCCGACUAUCUCAUGUCCCUGACAGCUAAGUACAUUCUUUCGGAGUUGGGAUCGCCUGGCAAGAGUGGAUCAUUCUUUUACUUCUCCCGUGAUUACAAAUAUAUCAUCAAGACCAUUCAUCACGGCGAGCACAAAUUUCUGCGCAAAAUUUUGGUGGACUACUACAAUCACGUUCAGGAUAACCCCAAUACGCUACUCUCACAAUUCUACGGCCUUCACCGGGUCAAGAUCCCAUAUGGCCGGAAAAUCCAUUUCGUCGUCAUGAACAACCUCUUCCCGCCGCAUCGUGAUAUUCAUCGCACCUUUGAUCUCAAAGGAAGCACAAUCGGACGGGAUUUCAAAGAAGAAGAUCUCGAAAAGAAUCCGCGAGCGACGCUCAAGGAUCUGAAUUGGUUGCGAAGAAAUCUACACCUCGAAUUCGGUCCGACCAAGAAGGCAGCGUUUGUGGAACAAAUGCAAAAGGACGUCGCAUUGCUCCAGCGCCUCAAGAUCAUGGAUUACUCUCUCCUCGUCGGAUUCCACGACCUUGAGCGUGGUAACGAGGAAAAUCUUCGUGACAAAACUCUGCAGGUUUUCCAACCGGGCGGCGCUUCCAAACAAGACGAUUCUGCAGGCGCUGGUACAGUCAUGGCGCCUGGUCCGGGCAGUCUGGCGCGCACUCCCAGCAAAAUGGAAAACGCCAAGCGUGCCCGGGAGUUACGAGAUCUGGUGCAAAAACAGAGACCCAUUCCAAUGGAUCAGGCAAUCGACAAGAUGCCGGAAGCGGCUGGGCGUGAUGGUUUCUUUUUCUAUGCUGAUGAUGGUGGCUUCCGAGCGACGCACGAGGACGACCGGCCAGGCGAGGAGAUCUACUACUUGGGUAUUAUCGACUGCUUGACAAGGUACACGCUCCUCAAACGUGCCGAACACUUCUACAAAGGUCUUGGUGGCCACGAAUCACAAAUUUCCCCCAUUCCUCCAGAACGUUACGGCGAUCGAUUCAUUCGCUUCAUCUCGGGCAUCACCAUGUCCCGUGAGCACGCCGCUCUCGUCGCCGAAAAGGAACGUCUCACUACAAACGCUGCAGGCGUUGCUAUCCCUGCUGGUAGCAUCGAUGGGAUCAUCGAGGACCCACAUCUUUCCGCCACCACUAGCCGCAAUCCCAGUGGCACCGCCGAAGUCCUCCAUAAAGCCGAAGCCAUGGCCGAGAAGAGCAAGAAGACCCACGGCCCCGAAUCCGACCUCCCCGACCGCCUCAUGACCACCAUCUCACCCCCUUCCUCCGCCACCGACAACAACGACGGCAUCGUCGCUCCCACCACCCUCCCCGUCAUCGGCGAAGCUGCCGAAUCCGCCUCCAACGCCUCCCCCCGUGUCACUCCCGUCCCGAGCCGCGCCUCCCUUGUCGAGCCCGAAACCACCACAUCUGGGACCUCAAAUCACGAGGACAGCCGCACCGCCCGUUCAUCUACUCCUCCUCAUUACAUUAUCGGCGGCCGCGCCCCGCCGACCCCGCCCAAAGACCCUCACCAUAUCCCUAAUAGCCGGCCCUCGUCGUCGGCCCGCAGCAGCGCCGAGUUGAAUCUGGAUAAGCGGUUACCGCUCUUACCUGGCCCGGCCGUGGCGAUGGACCGUCCUCUGGAGUAGAGUUUCGAGUGGACGAUGUGAUAGUCAUCGGCUCCCCUUGAUGUGGCCUUGUUUCUCUUUAUUAUUGAAUAAUUUCCCCCCUGGGUUUGCGCACGCGCGUGUGUGUCUGUGGAAGCCUGUCUGGCGAAGAGACGAAUUUUCUUUGUAUAAUCACCUCCCUCCCUCGCUCCAUCAUUCAUCCUCACUGGAUGUGUGCGCGCGUCUCCCUUCUUCCUCUUUUUGCUUUAAUUUCUGCGCUGCGUGGGUGGGAAACGAUAAGACUGGGGGGGGGGGG